AUUAAAAACAUUUGGCUUUUGAUACGCCAAUUAUGGCGAUCUUUCUUAAGAUGUUAAGAAGCUAGUCCACAAUAAUGGUUGUAUUAUUCAAGAUCUCAGUACUGACUUUAGAAAUAUAUAAAAAUAAAAGUCGAUGUCUUCUAAACAUUUUAUGGAUAUGGAAAAAUAACGCCUUGCAAAAUCUUUUAAAACAAUUGUCGAUUGGAAAAAAGGAGGAUAGAAGCGAGUUUGUUAGCCAAGAAAAAUCAAUUUUAUGGUGUAAUUGUAUACAGAAAAUAGGCAAUUGCAAUUAUCAUGCUACAAUUCAUCUACCAUAAAGCAAUCAGAUAGAUUUAAUUUAUUUCUUGCAUUAGACAAGAAUGGAUAAGGCUUCGAUGGUUUUUCUUAUAAUUUCUUUGCUGUCCAUGAUAUAUUACUCCACUGCUCCCACUCACCCUGAUUGUGGUCCAGCAGGUCGCUGCUACACUGUAAAUAAACACUUUGGCAGUUUUAGGCAGACAAGAUGCGUUCCUUGCAAAUAUCGUCCUAAACGUCCAAAUUUAAUGAACCAGUUGAAUAGUCAAAAUUAAAAUUGAAAAAACCAAAUAUUUCGCCAUACCGAAAUUAAGUACCUAAAAAACAAGCAAAGAUGUAACAACAACUGAUAUAAAAAUAAAAUAAAAGUAAAAUAUAUUUUAAGAGA